CUUUUCCACGCCCAGCAACGUUACGUUAAAUGUGACCCGUUCAGUCGGCGCUAACGUUGUAGCUUAGCACCGUCAAUAAAUAAGCGGUGUGUCUUUUCUGAGUGUGUAACCGUCAUUCACGCUAAAUUAACAUCCAUUCGGGCUACCCCCCAGCUAAAAUGACCGUCCGCUCGGUUGAAGCGGCCUACUCUUCAUCGCCUUAUUCUAACUUCAGUUCAAAACAACAAUGGCACCGCCGGGUAAAAACCAGGACAGCUCACUCUUACGCUAGCCGACGUUAGCACACAGAGUCAUCGUUUUCUAAAUAUUUACCCUUUACUUCGCCUUUUUCGCUGAAAAACUUCGCAUCGAGGUGCAGCCUGCGAUACGUAAAAUCACUUCUUUUCAGGCGUGAAAAUCUGACGCCAUGGCCGUUCAAUCAUCUUCGGCGAUGACAACAAAAUUACCCCCCGCCUCCUUGGGUGUAUGCGCAUGCGCUGAUCUACAAGCGUAAUAAGACUGUGAUAUCAUGGCGUUAGCCUAAUCCAGUACUUGUGAGAUCGCAUUAGAAUUCGCAGCAAGGAGGAGACGGCUCUUCUGAUUGGCUCGUCUUGAAGGUUGCGUUUAAGGACGUCGUGAUUUUUUUUGUGAUAAUCAGAAAAUAAGCUUAAAAUCGAUAAGUAAUUACAAAUAACGACUCAGAGUGACAUUGUUUUCAAACGGUGUAGAAAAUUUCAAAUAAACAACUUAAAAAGCAUGAUUUUGUUGACUGUCUUGACUUGUUAAUUGGACUUGAAUCGUAAACAAUUUUUCUGGGAGGCUUUUAUUUUGACAGCAAGACGCAGUACCCGGAAAAUACUCAUUGAUAACAGCAACACUGCACUCGGCCACAGUCAAAGGUCCAGGUUGUAGUUUCUGUAAGUGUUUUGAUCUGUCUUCAUACAAUCUUAAUUUCGCACUGUCUGCAGGGCGAUAUAACUCUUGUAGACACAUUUGCAUAGUCGUACAGCAUUGGGUAAAGCACCUGAACGUGUCAUAUGCUACUUUUCUAUGUACAUGUCAAUCCUUACUUCAAUCUUUUUACUUGCACUUUGUUUAAUAACAUUUCUUUAUUGCUUUGAGAGUCUAUAGAAAAUAAUUUCCCGCUUCAUUCACCUUUGCUGCGCUUGUAUUCUCUUGCACAACUGCUGUCAGAUCCGAGAUGACCUCUACCCUAGUUACCCUGUAGCUUCAUCAAACAUUACCCGUGACUUUUUCUGUUCACAGGUGAUGUUGAGGAGUGUGUUCAGGUGCCUUAGGAUCAAUCCUGUCGCAGGACAAAGGAGCAUGUCUCAGAGCAGCCUUGCUGGAAAGGUAGCCAUAGUCACAGCCUCAACAGAUGGGUAAGAAUGACGUGAUUCCACUACAUAACAUAAAAACACACGACAUGAACCAAGACUUUUGUUUAAGAAAAAAGUUACACGAGAUUUCAGCGAGAUCAAUGUGAGAUUUGCUCAGCUUGUGACAUCACUAGACAGUGAAUCUCCUUAAAAGGGCAAAUCUGUCAUUUUUGGGUUUUGACAGACAGCAGUUUGAAAUAUAUGAAAAGUUUGUUGAAGUGUAAAUCAUGUAAAGCUGCUAAAACAAUAGAGAUCCAAACAAAUCAGCACAUUACCCCCUCUCUAAAUUAAUUUUACGUCAGAACAUCUCUUUAAAGAAUAUUCUACAGUAUGGCACAUUAACGGUGUCAUAUCAAUAUAGUUCUCUUUCUUCAUUUUCCUCAGAAUCGGUCUGGCUACGGCUCAGGCUCUGGGGAAGAAAGGUGCACAGGUGGUGGUGAGCAGCCGGCGGCAGGCCAAUGUGGACAAAGCCGUGGCCCUGCUGCAGAGUCAGAGCAUCCAAGUGAUUGGGACUAUCUGUAAUAUCGACAAAAAAGAAGACAGAGAAAAACUGGUUCAAACGGUGAGCGGUUACUGCAUUACUACUUCAUAGUUGCAUGCACGGAUAUGAGGUUGUUCAGUGGGCUUGAAACCUGUUAACAGCAUAAGUCUGUGUUUGGGACAGACUCUGGAUCAGUAUGGCGGCAUUGAUAUACUCGUAUCUAACGCAGCAGUAAACCCUUUCUUUGGAAACCUACUGGACACCACAGAGGAAGUCUGGGACAAGGUACACAGAAAAAAACUGAUGCAACAUCCUGGAAAUGUAAAGUGCCUGGAAAUAUAAAUCGUUUGGUACUUUUCACUUUCCCCGUUAGAUCAUGUCUGUAAAUGUCAAAGCAGCGUACCUCAUGACGAAGCUGGUGGUGCCUCAUAUGACACAGAGAGGGUGAGCUACAAAAUAAAACAUGGACAAAAUCAUUAUCUGUAUUAAAUUUGAGUAAUCGGAUGAUUGAUGAAGCUAACUCUCAGAUGUGUCUGUAUUUCAUCCUGUAGAGGGGGCAGUGUGGUGAUUGUGUCUUCUAUAGCAGGAUAUCAGCCUAUUCAGGUCAGUCUCAACAUAUUUAUGUACAAAUGAAGAAGAGAAAGGUUAAAUUAACCAUCUGUGUCUGUAUAUCUCUGUCUCUACAGGGCCUGGGUGCCUACAGUGUAAGUAAGACAGCAUUACUGGGUCUGACCCGGGCACUUGCUCCUGAGCUGGCACAUGAUAACAUCAGAGUCAACUGUGUGGCCCCUGGAGUUAUUAAGACCCGCUUCAGCUCUUCGGUGAGAAGAAAAACAGUCCUCUGCUCCAAUCCUGUUUUGUAUGACUCACACAGAAUAAAUCUCACCUGUGGAUGUCAUUUUACAGCUGUGGCAAAAUGAGGACAUGAUGGACGGGUUCAAACAGCUAUUGAGUAUUAAAAGGUAAAGCUAGAACUUGCAUAGAAAUGACUGACUGUUAUUAACCUCUGAGAGUGAUCCGGAUCGUUUCUUCUUCCAGAAUUGGUGAACCAGAGGAAAUCGGUGGAGUCGUUGCCUUCUUGUGCUCUGACGAAGCCUCCUACAUCACCGGAGAAACUAUCACAGCGACUGGAGGGAUCAACUGUCGACUCUGAGCCGCACGAAAAUAAAGACGCACUUAAUCCUCUCUGCUCCCGUCUACUGACUCUGAAGCUUUUUUUAAUCAAAAUAUGAAAACUUGUACAGUGCAGCUUUUUGCAAUAAUCCUCUAUAGACUGUGCAAACCUAACAUCCUGCACUUGUGACAAAAUUAUGUUCAUGAAUUUGUAAUAAAUAAGGACUGUUCUUCCAUAU